AGUAACAGCUUCCUUCUCAAUCCUCAUCACUAUCUUUCCCUAUAUGUUAACUCAAUAAAAGCUGAGAGUUCCUUUGAUUCUAGAGGUUCCAUUUUCCUCUGUUACAGAAAUAGCUGAGAGUUCCUUUGAUUCUGUGUUACGUACGUGCGCUAGUUUCUUCCGUCCGUGUUUCACCUUCUCAUCUUUCUCUUCCGCUUCUGAGUACUCUUCUCUGCUCCAUUUGUUCACUUAAAUCAUGGAUAUCUAAGGUUUUUCUUUGUAGCUCUUUGUGUACACCUGUAUAUGUUUUUUUUUAGAUCCUAGUCUUUGAUAUGAAUUUCACUAUAUUAGGUAGUCUUUAAUGUUUAGAAAGUGUCAGAUUUUAGUUUCCCAAAUCAGUUUUAGACAUAAAAUCAGCUAGUUACGCUUUCUUGGCUUUGUUUGACCAUAUAAAUUAUGGAUUCAAGCUUUGAUUUCGUGGACGGUUUUUCUACCAUGUCGCCAAAUUCCGAGGAUCAGUUCUCAAAUCUUAUAAACGAGUACACAUUCAAUCAACUAUCUACUCCUCCUACUACAGACCUUAACUUCCUCGAAAGUCCAAAUCUUUCAUCUGAUCUUGAUCUGGGUCCCACUGGUUUUAAGCCCUCGAUCACCACCACCGUUGGUCUAGAGGGUCAACCGUAUGAUCCACCACAUGUUGUUAUUCCGCCUAUGUUGCAGGCAGACUUCACUUCGUACCCGGACGACAGUGAUUUCUCUGAAACGAUUCUCAAGUACAUAAAUCAGAUUCUUAUGGAAGAGAACAUUGAAAACAAGCCCUGCAUGUUUCAUGACCCUUUGGGUCUAAAAGACACUGAGAAAUCUUUCUAUGAUGCUCUUGGUCAAGAAAACCCUCCUUUUCCAAAUCAAAAUAGCGUUGAGAGUCCUGUGUUUUCAUCAAGUAGUGGUGAUUAUGGCACUAAUAGUACUGGUAGUUCUAGCACUGUCAAUGAUUCUCUAUGGCAAAGCGAUCUUGGAGAGCAUAACUAUCAGCCUUCUUUAUCACCGCUUCCUGUUCUGGGUGAGCAUGAUGCUGUCCAGUCUAAUUUCAAUCCCACUGAUCAAUCACAGUUUUUUGGGAAUUUGUCAGAUGAUAGUGUCAAUCAUUUUGGUGAUGGGUUGGAGGUUAUGGCUCAGAAUAUUUUUACUGAUAGUGAAUCGAUAUUGCAAUUUAGGAGGGGGUUAGAUGAAGCUAGUAAGUUCCUUCCUAAGAGUAAUAAUUUGGUUAUUGAUUUGGAGAGAAACACGGUUUCUUGGACUGAGUGGAAGGGAGAGGAUCUAAAGGUGGAAUCUUUGGUGGUGAAGGGUGAGAAAGAGAGUGAUUCGUCGGAUGGGUCGAGAGGAAGGAAGAAUCAUGAGAGGGAAGAGAUAGAAAUAGAAGAAGGUAGGAGCAAUAAGCAGACUGCUGUUUAUGUAGAGGAGUCUGAGGAGGCUGAGUUAUCAGAAAUGCUUGAUAAGGUUUUGCUUUGUACUGAUGCGCCUGCUUCAAUGUGUGGUGAUAAUUGUGAACCUUUGCAGAGUGAUGCAAGCAAGGCCUCGUUGCAGACAAAUGGGCAGGCACAAGGAGGUAAUGGUGGGAAAGGUAGUCGUAACAAGAAGCAAGGGAAGAAGAAGGAGACAGUUGAUUUGAGGAGUCUUUUGAUUCUAUGUGCACAAGCUGUCUCCACAGGUGAUGGUAGAACUGCUAUUGAGUUGUUGAAGCAGGUUAGGCAACACUCAACCCCUUUUGGUGAUGGGUCUCAGAGAGUGGCUCAUUUCUUUGCUAAUGGUCUUGAGGCGCGCUUGGCUGGCACUAGUAUAGGAAGUCAAAUGGUUUACAAGAGGGUGUCAGCUCUUGAAAAGUUGAAAGCUUACCAAGUUUAUCUUUCAGCCUGCCCUUUCAAGAGGUUCUCAUAUGGCUUUUCUAAUAAAAUGAUUUUGCAUGCAGCAGAGAAAGCAACUACUCUUCAUAUUGUAGAUUUUGGUAUCCAAUAUGGUUUCCAGUGGCCACUUCUGAUCCAGUUUCUCUCAAAAAGUCCUGAAGGAGCUCCCAAGCUACGCAUUACAGGGAUUGAUCUUCCACAACCUGGAUUCCGUCCAGCAGAGUGCAUUGAGGAAACUGGUCGUCGCUUGGAAAGGUACUGCAACCGAUUUAAUGUUCCUUUUGAAUACAAUGCUAUAGCAUCACAGAACUGGGAAACUAUUCGAAUUGAGGAGCUUAAGAUUGAGAGGAAUGAGGUGCUUGCUGUGAAUUGUGCAUUCCAGAUGAUGAACCUACUUGAUGAAACAGUUGAAGGGACUAGUCCAAGGAAUGCAGUUUUAAACUUAAUCAGGAGGAUGAAACCUGAUAUUUUUGUUAAUUCUAUUGUUAAUGGGUCCUUCAAUGCCCCCUUCUUUCUCACGAGGUUCCGAGAAGCACUUUUCCACUUCUCUGGAUUGUAUGAUGUAUUUGAUGUUACCAUACCCCGUGACAAUCCAGAAAGGUUGAUUAUUGAGAGAGAGUUCUUGGGGAGGGCUGCAAUAAAUGUUAUAGCAUGUGAAGGGUUAGAGAGGGUUGAGAGGCCUGAAACAUACAAGCAAAGUCAAGUUCGAAUUUCGAGAGCUGGGUUCAAGAAGCUCCCAUUGAACCAAGAGCUCAUGAGUGUAAUCAGGGCUAAGAUUAAGGAAUGGUACCACAAGGAUUUUAUUCUUGAUGAAGACAGCCACUGGAUGCUUCAGGGAUGGAAGGGCCGGAUUUUCUAUGCUUCCUCUUGUUGGGUGCCGGCUUAGGAAUCCUGUUUGAUAUAUUUUUGUAAAAACUCAUAAUUGAGGGCUAGGUGGACGAGGAUACUUUAGAUUGCUUGUGGUAUAGUGGCCUUUUUGGAGAAAAAACUUCGAGAGUUGUCAUGUUUACACUCAUCUACUUUUCAUCUGAUAUUUGAUGCAUUGUCCAACCCUGUCUCUUUGAUAUGGAUGAUGUUUGAAGACAUAUUGAUGCUAGUAUAAGUAUCAUGUAUAUACAGUUGGUAUUUUGGCUAAGGAUAGAAUAAAAUGUUAGAAUACACUGCAAAUCCUGUUGGGAAGGAGAUGGUGUAAUUACACUAAACUGGCUACUGGCUUGCUUCUUGCGGCUUUUGUAUUAAAAUCCGUUUUUUCUUAGUUGAACUUCCACAUUGGUGCAUGUAAUUUAGGGGAAGGGAGGUUGCCCUUCUCCUUCUUUGUACUUUUUUAGAUGAGCUGGAAGUUGUUUAUUUUGUUAUAUGUAUUACAGAGUUGAAUUUCAGAAUUUCAUGAUAUUGUGGUUCU